AUGGCCAGCGACACAGAACUCAUCAAUAGCCUCACGGCUGAGCAAGCCCGUGCAAUUCUCAUUUACUUGUCUCACAAUCGUUCAGUCGCAGACAAAGUGAGCAAGUACGCAAAGGCCAUGAGAACGCAGACUAGCCUCAGGGCAAUAUGCGUGCAAUGUAACUCAACAUUCGAUCCAAAUGACGCUAAGAAUUGCUUCUACCACGAUGGCGAGCUAGAAGUCUACGAUGAUGAUGACUUUUGGGCAGACCAUGAUGAGGAUUGUCAUGGAAUCAUUGAUACUGAUGAGAUGCGCGAGGAGUUUCCAGAAGGGUUUAAAUGGAGCUGCUGCAAUGAAACUGGAGAAGCAAAAGGUUGUCAGCGCGGCAGACAUCAAGCAGACCCAGACAAUUUGGUGCUAGAUGAUGAUAAUGACAAAAGAGACGAACAUCCAGAGGACGAAGAAGAAAGCGACGAGAAAGACUACGAGAAUAAAAGAGGAAACGGAGAUGCGAGCCAAAAUUUAGGGCCCAAUAAACGACAGAAGUACUAG